AACUCUCCAGCGGCGGCGGCGGCGGCGGCGUUGGCGGCGGCGUUCGUGGCCAGUAGGCAGUAGUGUUGUCUGCGGCGGCUUUGGUGCACGACCACGCUUACACCAAACACGCACGCACGCACGCACGCUGACGACGACGGCGACGACGCUUGCAGCGCACACCCCGAAACGCAAUAUCGAAAUAUCGUUGCGAGCACGCGCGUGCCCUUUCCGCGAACUCGAUUAUUAUUAUUAUUAUUAUUGUUGUUGUUGAUGUUGUUGUAAUUAAAUUAUAUAUACUACGCGAAGCCACAGAUUCGGCAGCAUUACGGUUUAUGCACGCGCGUAUGCACUACGUUAUCAUCGUCAAAUCAUUCACGUGCGCGUUUUCGUUGGUUAAAAUUGUUUAUUGUUAUUUUUUUUUUUUUUCACCGCGACUCGAUAAUAAUUAUACCGCUUUAUAAUAAUAUAACCACUACACGUUUGCCAUAGAUCCCGAUCAUCACCGUCGCCAACAUGCUGUAUCAAGAAGUAAACAACGAAGAAAUAAUGGAUUUAGACGAGAUCCUAGGAAACUUUGGACUGGGCUCAUAUCAAUUGACAGUUUGUGGUCUAAUGGGGCUUGUACUCAUGUACUCUAACAUAUCGCCACUCAGUUAUGCAAUUACUGCCAGUGAUCUGAAAUACAGAUGUGAAAUACAACAAUGCGACUCAAAUAAUACAUCGUACAACCCAGAUUGGUUACGGAUAGCCGUACCUUUUAAGGAUCCUGAUUCCUAUAAUGAGCCUUACAAGUGUGUCAAGUAUAACUAUAAUUUACCACCAAGCGAGUUGGGCAAGUUGAAUAAUACGUGUUUACCCAAAUUUUUUGAUACUAACUCACAUCAGAAAUGCGAUAAGUGGGUGUUUGACGACACAGAAAGAACCAUAGUAAACGAUUUUAAUAUCAUGUGUGAUGAUAACAAAUGGAAACUUAGUAUGGUGGGGACAAUAAACAGCAUCGGUCAAUUCAUUGGCAUUCCUCUAUCGGGAUUUAUUUCGGACAAGUAUGGUCGCAAGUUUAUCUUGAUUACUGGAUCUGUUUCAUCUGCCAUACUCGGCACAAUCCGAUCAUUCACAAACGAUUACUAUUCGUUCCUGUUUUUUGAAUUUUUUGACUCAAUAGUUUCCAGUGGUGUAUAUGCAGCUACGUUUGUUCUAGGUCUAGAAUUAGUCAGUCCGAAAUCACGAGUAACGGUAAGCACUCUGAUGGGUUGCUUCUAUCCAAUGGGUGCGGUUUUCAUGGGUCUCGCAGCAUACAUGAUUCUCGAUUGGAGGAUAAUUCUUAGAGUGCUCUAUCUACCCGGAACACUAAUUUUGGGAUACAUCUGGUACGUGCCAGAAUCGAUGCGGUGGCUUCAAACACAAAACAGAAUCGAAGAAAUGGCUGAUGUGCUAUCUAAAAUUGCUAAAUCAAAUGGUAAAACACUACCAUCCAAUUUAGGUCCAGUUAAAGAUGCUCUGAUUGUCAACGCUCAAAUUAAUAAAAUGCCUGAAGAUACAAAACUGUCAUGCAGUAAAUUGAUGAAGGAAAUAUUUAGUUCGAAGGAGAUCUUCCUGCGGUUGAUCAACUGUUCGUUUUGUUGGAUUACGAUAACGCUAGUAUAUUACGGUCUCUCGUUGACUUCUGUGGAGUUCAAUGGCAACAAAUACUUAAACUUUAUGCUUGUAAACGCCGUAGAAGUACCGGCGUUUUUGACAUCGUGGUACUUCAUGGAACGCUUUUCCAGACGAAACACUCAAGCGUUCACGUUCAUUUUCAGCGGCAUCGGUUGCAUUUUGGUCAAUUUAAUUCCUUCACAUUUUUCGUUGUUAAAAUUGUUGUCGUUUUUGGGCAGUAAGUAUGCCAUCACUAUGGCGUUUAACACAAUGUACGUGUUUACCGCUGAGAUGUUCCCUACUGAACUGCGCAUGUCACUGUUCGGUAUAACAUCUAUGUUCGGACGAUUGGGUUCCAUGAUUGCUCCACAAAUGUCUUUAUUGGCCUCCUAUUUUGGGCAGUACGUACCGAUUUUAUUAUUCGGAAUCAUAUCGUUUAUAGCCGGAGCGUUGUCAUUCUUAUUCCCGGAGACAAAAGAUCAAAAACUACCAGACACAGUAAAACAGGCUGAAUUCGUCGGAGAGGUCUACAAGGACUCGUCAACUGGUUAAUCCAAUACGAGAACAUGUACUGCGAAAGAACUGUGCCUUAUGAAAUUUGUAUGAGUUUUUUCAUUUUUAAAAAUGAGUCAUGUGUCUCAAAA